AUGGGAGCCUCAACCAUCGAGAACGCAGCAGCUGCUACCGUGGUGGGGCAAAAAAUGCAGCAGCAAGCAAAGCUAGGCAAGUACAAGCGCAAGCUGACCGAAGCUCGGCGCGAGCAAAAUCGUCGCUCUCAGCGAGUAUGGCGAGAGAAGCAAAAACAGCGGCGCGACGAGGAAGUCAAAGCCAAAGUCCAAGAGGAGUUGAAGCGGUUAGGCCAGAUCAAUGGGCUUCCACCACAGAGUCCUAGAGCUGGGUCAGAUUUGGUUCGGCCUCAUGAGCUGAGGGUAGAGGGGGGUAUUGUUUGCCAGCCACAGCCGCUGCCUUUUGUUGAACCUCAACGAGACCAUGGCGUCAAUGGGACGAGCCUCUCAAGCACUGAGAGCGUGGUUACUCCAGAACCGGCACUGCCUGAACCAGCCCUCCCCUUGCCCGUGGCGGUAUAUUACUAUGUUCCUCCGGACCCAGACUCCGAAGACAUGCGACAUAUCUGGGAUGGGCCCACGGAUACCGAAUAUAAAACGUACAAAUUGCCACCAGGUUAUUCAUCGCUCUGCCCCACAGGCCCGAUCUCUCCACGCUCUCGAUUCUCAUCCCUGCCGUCAUCCUCACAGCGCAAAUCACACACUUCUUCCAACUCCCAUUUACCCUCACCAUACCUCAACCACCUCCAACUGGUCGGCGAAUCCUGCUUCGGGGCCACCCUCUCCAUCGCACAGAGCCUAGGCAUCACCCGCUCCUCUUACAUCAAUGACCACCCAUCCCCUUUCACCACCUCGUCCAACGCCAAUAUCCACACCGUCCCUGUCGACUUCCGCCCCACGGCCUUCCAACUGAUCCUCCCCCACCCAUGUUUUCUCGACUGCAUCCCCUUCGCCCACUUUCGCAGCAUGGCCAUCUACCUGUCGUCUGUCAAAAAGCUGGACCACUGCAGCUUAUUCCUCGAUCUCAUGCACGAUGGCAUGGUCUGCUGGGGCCGCGCGAACGCGAACGGGCAUUUUGGGCGCAGCAUGCGCGACGGUGUAGCUUGGAGCAAACGCAGCUGGGAAGUCCGGAAGUGGUUCUGGCGGAAAUGGGGGUGGAUUGCGCGUAUGAGGGUCGAGGAUAUUGAUUCGGGAUUCAUCGCGCAAAGGGAUGAGGAGGUAUUCGACGACGAAGACGGCAUGUUGAGCGGGAGUCAAUGGUGGUGGUCUCUACAUGGCGACCAGGAGGGAAUGACGCCGAGUCCUCCGGCCGAGGAUCCAGCCGACCUCAAUGCGGUCGUCGCCGGUAUACCGGAACAAGAGGAACAGGGCGCCAUUCUCAGUCGCCAGUCUACUUGUCAUGUCGGCUUGCGUCACAAUCCAGAUUUGAUCGUUCAUUGGCCAGAAGAAUUGAAUUAA